UGUCAAACGCGAUUAUUUCGUCAACAGUGUCGUGGCGCGCUAGUUGGGUUUUAUGAAAUAACAACAAAUAAUACGGCAGUGCAAUUAAAGUAAAAUGGAUGUUCAACGUUAAGAUCCAGUGUGUUUUUUUGCGCCGAGUGAACUGGUAGCGAGUUGUGUGAAACUAAACAGUUUUUGCAAUGCCGUAUUGAUUUUUGUUCGUCACCGGUUUUGUUACGCUGUUAUGAACUUUUUCCUAACUUAUUCGAGUUAAAACACUUUACUGGUCGUAAUCUAAUGUUGAUUAACGUAUUGUUCUUUGUAUUUAUGCGAGGACAUUGUUAAGUGGUGCUUAUCGAGGACGGGAUAUCGAAUUGGGAAUAAAUUAAGUACAUAAAAUGGAGAAGAUUGAAUCCCCGUUGGACGUAUUGUCCCGAGCUGCGACUAUGGUACAACCAUGCCCGGCGUAUCCAGCCAGUGACUCUGAUGGCUUCGAAACUCCAAGCACAGCUUCGAGCGGCGAGUCGGAGGGUGAUCGGACGCUGUCGCCAGAAACGCCGCGGGCUCAGCCGAAGGAGCUCACGGGCAAGUGGAGGCGCGAGCGUCGAACCAGGCAGCCCGACUACAGGCCCAGAGAAAACGGCAAGAUGGCGCUCCGCUCGCAAUCAUUCAACGAGCGGAGGAGUGGUCCCGCACUGUCGCGGGCGCCGCACAGCGAUGGCGAGUUGGAUGACGAUGACGCGCCCGCCAACCUGACUACUAAUGGGAAAGCGCCCCCCGAGUACCCGGGCAAGCACGAGGCGCCCAUCGACAUGCGGCUGCGCUCGCGGCCCGCGCCGCCGCCCUACAACCGGCCCUCCGUCAUCACCAAGAGCGACACGCCGCCUGGUUCAAUGUCGAUGUGCGACCCAGUAAUCGACGAGCACUUCAGAAGGUCGCUCGGCGACGACUACAUGAACCUGUUCAAGAAGAACACCGAGAACAGCCAGCCCGGCCCCAAGCCCAACACCAAGGACCGCGCCAGCAGCCCUAUCCAGUUCAAACCCGAGGAGCCUCCCAAACCCGCCAAAAUCAUCGCCAUGGAGGUCGACGACGCCUCUCUCUCCGUCGAUGACCACUUCGCCAAAGCCCUAGGCGACACGUGGAGGCAAAUACAAACCUCCAGAUUAAGGGAAACGGAGAAAACACAAGCCAAAGGCGGCGUCGACGACCACUUCAGCAAAGCGCUCGGCGACACGUGGAAGAAAAUACAAAACCCGAAACUCAAUCUCAACGACGAGAAGAAAGAUCAAACGACGAAAAUUAUUUCGAGAAGCGGCGUCGUGAUAUAAUAGCGUCGUUGCGGCCUGGCGGUUCCGUUAACGACUCGGUAUUUACGAGUCAUUUCACGAUACUAGCUCGAGUAUCAAUAAAUUCCCACUUGUUUAAUAUUAAGCUAUUUACCGUGAGCGCGGUGGCUCGUAACGUUUACGUUCGACAUCCGAAUCCAUGACAAUCUGUUACCUAUUAGGCUUUGGGAAGUAUUUUUUUAAAGUUAUUUAGUCAAUUAGUAGUCACCAGUUACACUAUAUAAGUUAUUACCUCAAUAUAAACGCUUCUGCACGAUUCACUGUACUUAGGAUUAAGUGUUGUAAAUAUUAGUCACUUAUUAUUGUUUAAGCUUUAGCGUUCGGUGGGGUAAAGGUGUCGUGUGUAACUAUUCUUGUAACUGUAAUGUUCCUCAUAUUAUAAGUUAGGUUUCAGUGGAUUCUGAUUCGAAUAAGCGACAAUGAAGUACCCAUCGAAAUUGAAUGUCAGUACCUACUAUGUGUAAAUAAAGUUAAGUAAAUAUAAGAUAUAUUUAUAGCUAAAGAUUUCAUUGUUCUCUGAUUGUGUUAUUGAGCGUACAUAGUACAUAGUAACUAAUAAAUUAGAUAGGGCUAAAUCAAUGGAAGAAAAGGUGUUCCUAUCAUAGAUGUCUGUUGUUUCGGAUUUAUUUCCGAUUAGGUAACUAUGCUUGAUGAUGUUUUAUGGAAAAAAAAUAUAUUUAUGAUGAGAACUGAGGAUAACUGGUUUAGUUGGUAAAAAAAGCGUCAUUUGGAACAAAUUUACUUAGUUUUGUAGGGUGAAAGACCAGGGAAUUCAGGUCAAAACUCCUUAGCCCUUAAAAUAAUACCCUGAAAGCGAUAAGUACGUGUGGUAUUGUAAGGGCUGAAGCCACGUACACCAAAGCCAAAUUAUUCAAAUGCCAAGGGUAUAACCGUGCAGCGUCAGAUCAAAAAUGUAAAAUAAUUCGGUUAUCAUCCACCUGCAACUGUAUGAUGGCUUCGCUUAUCGCAUAACAAUAGCGAGGUACAACAAAGCGUACCUAUGUAUAGAAAAUUCUAUACUAAAAUACUGAAUAAUGUUUAAAUGUUUUUUUUUUUUUUAUCACGUGUUAAACGCAACCAUAGUGGGCCUUGCCAUAAUAAACACGCACAUCUUUGUCCAUUUAUUUCGAAAUAGAUCAAGAUGGCAAGCCGUAUAGAAUUUAAACGUCGAGUUGUAAUUACCUAUUCUUAUUAUUAAAGUCUUAAGACGUUGUCACGUAAAACCUGAAGAGGCUUUUAAAUGUUUUUGCUUACAAUAAUACGCAAAAUAACUUAUUUACGGUAAAACCAACGUAGAAAACGAAGCUUCAACGGAAACUGUUAGCAAUGUACAUGUUCCUUGAGGUCGAUUCAGAUAAGUGGCUGUUACGAAAGGGUUGCGGUGUGUCUGAUAAGGGGCCGGAGUUUCCAUAGCACCGCGAAACGUGAGAUAUGGCUUCUGGAGAACAAAGCCACUCCGUAUAUUGAAAUAGUAACAGAAACGAAUGAUUUCAUAUUCGUAUAUUUUCUAUUUAAUAAGUCCACUAUUGACAUCAUAUCCUGAGAAUGUUUAUCUGUUAUAAGUGUAAUCCAAACCCAAGUUAUGAGGAUUUAAGAAAACGACAAAGCGCUUCGAGAAAGGGUAGGUAGUGCCCUUGCACUUCUCUUGGCUCGUCUUGGCGGGAGCACGGUAGUAUUGGUAUUUUACGUUGUAUGCUUUCAUGUUAGCAAUAGUAACGUACCUGUAUACUAACAUGCAAGCAUACAACAUAAUACAAAGAACAAAAUUAUUAAUUAAAUAUAUUGAUUUAUUAACCCUUAGAUCGCCAAGCAAUAUUUAAUUUAUUAAUAAAAUGAAUUAUUGCUUUGAAAUAUACUUUUACAUGAAAUAUUAUUACAGAAUUUACCUCUUACUCUUUGUCUUGUCAAUCAAAGCGAACAUCAUAUUCUGGUACUUGAAAUUUAAGUGUUACUUAUUAAUUUUAUAUAAUCUAUAAUAAGAAAGAUAAUUAUAUUCUCUCAAGGAUUCCUUGUAAACAUAAUCUAGGCACCAUAUCUCUCUAAUUUCGUACGGUGCUAUGAAAACUCCGGUCCGGUUCUAAUAAAAAUAAUAAUUGUAAAUAAUAAUUACUAUUUAUGCACUUUAUAUUGUAAGAUGUCGUUGAACAUACGCAAAUACACAAUAAGCCUGAAGAAA